AUGUCUUUAAAACGCUCCGCAAAAAGUCUUAAUAAUUCCGUAAAUAGUACACCAAUUAAACCAAGUAAAAAAGAACCGAAAAUGCAAGAAUCCAAUAAAGUCAGUCUUGAGGAAAUAUGGACUGUUAUCUCGUCCAUGAAUGAAAACUUAACAAAACUCGACAAGCUUGAUGCCAUAGAGACGAGACUAAAUAACACUGACGGUGAGAUUAACAACUUGAAGCACUCCCUAACCUACCAACAUGAUACAACAAGUGAAAUUCAAUCAAGUCAAAAGAAGCAAAAUGAGCAAAUAAAAAAGCUAGAGGAAAGGGUCUCAAAGAUUGAAGAAGAGAAAGAGAAAAUGAAUCGUGAGAUCCUCGACAUUAAAGCGCGCUCGAUGAGGAACAACCUGUUAAUAUUUAAUAUACCGGAGUCGGAAAAUGAAUACCCUGAAAAAUGUGUAGAGAAAGUAUAUGAAAUACUGCAAAACAAACUCGAGAUCGAUGAUGCAAGCAGCAAAAUGCCCAUUGAAAGAGCACACAGAAUAGGAAGAAACAGACGAGGAAAUCCAAAAGCAAGACUAAUUGUCGUCAAAUUCCUUCGCUACCCAGACAAAGAAUUGGUAAAGAGAUCUGCGAGCAAACUAAAAGGUACAUCGAUAGGAAUCGGGGAGCAAUUUCCAAAAGAAAUAGCAGACAUACGGAAGAGCUUAUAUCCAGUUCUCAAAAAGGCAAAAGAAGACGGGAAUAAAGUUAAGCUUGUCAAAGAUAAAUUGUAUAUCAAUGGACAACUCUACUACGGAAAAUAA